UUUAAUUGAUAAAAAGCAGUUCAUAAAAAACUAUAAUACUUUUUGGGAAAAAUGUCAAAUAGGUCCACCUACUUACACGAAAAAGUCAAUUGAGUCCAUGUACACUUUUUUGAGUCAAUCAAGUCUGUUAACUAUCAAAAAACGACCAAAUCAAUUAUUCAAUAGGUUACUAACCGGUUAUCCUGUUAAUAGCCUACGUGGAUGCAUUAUGUGGUGAUUUUUUUACCGUGUUCGGAUUUUUUUCCUUUUCUUUUCGUUUAUUUUCUUUUUCUUUCCUUUUUCUCUUUCCUUUUAUUUAUUUUUUCUCUUCCUUCUUCCUGGUCCGCACCUUCCCCACCCGGUUGUCUCCUUCAUUGCUUUCUUUCUUGGCUCUCACCGGGAACAACUCCGACGCUUCCGUCUCUCUAGCCACCACCUCCACUUUUCAGCCUCCAUAGCCACCGUCUCCAGAUCCCGACCUACACCUUCACCUCAACCACCCGUCCCGCCAUACACACCCCCUCCGGCCACCACCUAUGUGGUCUUCCCCUUCGCCUCCUUCGUUGAAGCAACCUCGAGCCGCGCCAGAUUCCAUAGCCAUCUCCCUUACCACCGUACUCACAGCCUCCGGCUUCCACCUCCACAGUCUCCAACGCCGCCGCCUCCAUGGAACGACCUCCAAUCACCGGUCUCCAGCUCCGCCUCUUCCAUGGAACAACCUCGAUUCCUCGAACCACCCGGUCUCCAUAGCCGCCACUGCCAUCCCAUAGAUUUGUAGUUGUAGCCUGCAGACGCAGAAGAGGAGAUGGAAAAAGAAGAAAGAGAAAAAAAGAGAAGAAAAAAGAAAAAGAAAACAAAAUAGAAAAUAUUAAAAAAGUGCCAGAUGGAAGUCCACGUAGGCUGUUAACCAGAUAACCGGUUGGUAACCUAUUAAACAGCUGAUUUGGUCGUUUUUUGAUGGUUAACGAACUUUAUUGACUCAGAAAAAUGUACAUGAACUUAAUUGAUUUUUUCGUAUAAGUAGGUGGACCUAUUCAGCAGUUUUCUGGAAUCUAAAAGAAAACCUCGUUGGGCAUUAAACAUUGGAUUGUGUGGCUCCUACAAAAUAAGGUAUUAGCGUAAAGCUCCAAAUUGGGAUCGCUUAUCUAAGUUGAAAUGUGGAUAAACUGAUCAAGCGGCACAUCUCUUCCUUUGCCAUAUUUCCUAGGACUCUGCCCGCUCUAUAAAUGCGCAGUCGAUUGUAGCGGCGGAAAUGAAAGACACGGCGUUGGCGCUUCCCCUUCUCUUUCUUCGACGCGGCGGCGUUCUCUUCUCUACUUGAAUUUGACUGAGACCUCAAAAUUCUUCCUGGCGCGACUUGAUAAUUCUAGUGCCUGUACUUAACUACUGGCAAGAGUUAAUGGCGGCGAAGGCGUCUGAAUCGCUGAUCUGCAAGGGUUUGAUGGAGGAGGUGCAGCGAUGGGGGGCUAUGAAGCAGACGGGUGUCAGCCUGAGAUACAUGAUGGAGUUCGGGUCAAGACCCACCGACCGGAAUUUGCUGAUCUCCUCCCAGUUCCUCCACAAAGAGCUCCCUAUUCGGAUUGCACGGCGUGCCAUUGACCUCCAAACUCUUCCCUAUGGGCUCUCUCUAAAACCCGCUGUUCUCAAGGUGCGGGAUUGGUAUGUGGAGUCUUUCCGUGACCUUAGAUCCUUCCCUGACAUAAAGGAUAAAAUUGAUGAGUUGGAAUUCACACAAAUGAUCAAGAUGAUCAAGGUGAGGCACAACAAUGUUGUUCCAAUGAUGGCUUUGGGCGUUCAACAGCUUAAAAAGGAUCUUAAUCCUAAAGUUGUGUAUGAGGAUCUAAACGAAAUUCACCAGUUCCUGGACCGCUUCUACAUGUCAAGAAUUGGGAUUCGUAUGCUUAUUGGACAGCAUGUGGCCUUGCAUGACCCAAAUCCUCCUCCUGAUUGUAUUGGCUACAUACAUACGAAAAUGUCUCCUGUUGAGGUUGCACGAAAUGCUAGUGAGGAUGCCCGUUGCAUUUGCCUUCGAGAGUAUGGCAGUUCCCCUGAAGUUAGCAUUUACGGGGACCCCAAUUUUACUUUCCCGUAUGUGCCAACACAUCUACAUUUGAUGGUGUUUGAAUUGGUUAAGAACUCCUUGCGUGCUGUCCAAGAGAAAUAUAUGGAAUCAGAUAAAGUUUCACCUCCCAUUCGGAUAAUAGUAGCUGAUGGUUUGGAAGAUGUUACCAUCAAGGUCUCAGAUGAAGGGGGUGGAAUUCGAAGAAGUGGCCUCCCUAAAAUUUUUACAUAUCUCUACAGCACUGCAAAGAACCCGUUAGAUGAGCAUUCAGAUCUUGGUACUGCUGAUGAGGCAACCAUGUCCACAUUAGCUGGCUAUGGGUAUGGGCUACCAAUAAGUCGUUUAUAUGCUCGCUAUUUUGGUGGAGACUUGCAAAUGAUUUCUAUGGAAGGAUACGGGACAGAUGCUUACCUUCACUUGUCAAGGCUUGGAGAUUCACAAGAGCCAUUGCCUUGAGUGCUGCUGACAUUUGGAAUUUCAUUAAAGCUUAUCAAUUUAAGUGCUGUAAAUAUUGCCAAUCAAAGAACUUGCAACCCUUGCCCACAUUGAAAUACAAUUUGCUGCAAUUACCAAUUUCCUAUUAUUGUAGCAGUUGAUGCCACCUGUCUUUGGGGGUAGACAAGGUUGUGGUUCAGAACGGAAAUGGGACUAUCUGGUUUUAAACGGGAAGCAGCACUGCGAGGUGGUUGUAGAACAUGGACAAGUAUUCCCUCUGCUCCAUUGAGAUCGGCUAAGUUUGAUUAGCACGUGAAAUAAGAAAGUAAAAAGUAAAUGAGUGUCAUGUUGUGCAUAGGAGAGAAAUAAUAUUAGUCACAAACAAGUGACAAAGUAUUUGAGCAACCAAACAAGUUAGGAUGACAAAAUUUAGUGGAAGCGGUCUCCCUUACGGGAGGUCUCAUGUUCGAAACUCAAUGAGUGAGUUUCAGUCUAGAUUACUCCAGGCUCCCCAGUGAGUGAGCUUCAGAUGCCUCUGGAGUAAAAAAAAAAGACAAAACUUAGUGGAAGAGAGGGGACAACAUGUUGCUUAGUGAUCUCUUUACAAUGUUUCAAAAAUAAUUAAAAAAAGCUUGAAAUUUUGGUUUUGAAA